AUGUUUCCCCAGUCCACUCAGUCUCCUCCAACAUCGCUGCAGGUUCACCCAGUGCCUUUCCUAGCCAACACGCAGGAUGCAGAUGAACUGGGUGCUGGAAGUGUGGAAGUGCCCAGCUGGCAGAUCCCCGAUUUAGUGGUCGAAUGCCCAAAGAGGCCUGGCGCACGCAUUCACAAGGGGACAAGCCUGAUCCUGCCCGAAGCUGGUGGUGAUUUGUUGGCCUGCAUUGUCCGAAGUUUGCCAGUCUUGCUCCAGAUCAGACCGCGGUGGAUCCUGGGAUACAGCAUGGCAGUGGAUGGUGUCUCCUUGCGCACGAUGUACCGGCAGCUUGAACACUCUGGGCCGUGUGUCAUGAUAGUGGAGGAUUCCUCCAAUUGCAUCUUCGGAGCCUUCCUCAGCGAGGGUUUGAGGCCCGUGAGCCAAUGCUACGGCACGCAUGAAUGCUUCGUUUUUAGGACACCCCGACUUGCAGGCGCCUGGCGCACGGAGGUCUAUGGGCGAAGUGUCGCACCCACUUCUCCUUCUCAGAUAGAGGGAGCUUCGGUGCCAAAGCCGGAAAGUGAAGGAGCCUCGCCUCCAGCAGGAUUCAGUGGUCAGAAAGCGAAGUACUUCGAGGCUUUGCGGAAAGCCCAGGCUCCAAGCUCUUCUGCCUCGGUGUUUUGUAACCACAUGGGCAUCGUUGUCGGAACUGAUGGACCCGCCCUUUUUAUUGAUCAGGACCUGUUGCGUGGAGCUUCGUGGCCAUCGGUUGGCUUCGGUUCGCCCUCUUUGUGCACUGCUGGAACUGAUUUCGUGGUGAGGAACAUCGAGGCCAGACAGAAUAGGUUUGGCAUUGGAGCUCCUAACGCUAAUGAGAGACCCGUCAAGUAGACAAUGCAUCAAAGACAGAGAACGUUUUCGCAUCUUUCGC